GAGCUCCUCGGAGGUCGCGAAAUCUGUGGCGGAUCAUGGUGACUUGAAAGGGUGUGAGUCACGUCAAAGCCUGAGGAGGAAUAAGAGGAAGAAAAAGAAGCCGCUGCCUUCAACAUCGUCAGCACACCCACCAGAUAUGCCGUUAGUGAACGGGGAUGGUUCCCAUGACCAUUCGGAGGUGGAAAGUCAAAACAACGAGAAGGAUGAUGCAGAGACCCAAAAUGAAGAUGGAAAUGAGCAGGAAGUAAUUGUGAUCCAGGACACUGGCUUCACGGUCAAGAUUCAUGCCCCUGGGAUAGAACCUUUUGAUCUACAGGUCUCUCCACAAGAGAUGGUUCAGGAAAUCCACCAGGUCCUGAUGGACAGGGAGGACACUUGCCACCGCACUUGUUUCUCCCUGCAGCUGGACGGAAACGUUCUCGACAACUUUUCCGAACUCAAAUCCAUCGAGGGCCUGCAGGAGGGCUCCAAUCUCAAAGUCGUAGAAGAGCCUUACACGGUACGUGAAGCCCGGAUACACGUCCGACACAUCCGGGACCUGCUGAAGAGCCUGGACCCGUCUGAUGCUUACAAUGGGGUCGACUGCAACUCGCUGUCGUUCCUGAGUGCGUUCACGGAGGGAGAUUUGGGAGAGACUGGGAAACGCAAGAAAAAAGGUGCCGACUUAGAACAAAUUGACUGUACACCCCCUGAGCACAUUCUGCCCGGCAGUAAGGAUCGCCCUUUACUUUUCCUCCAACCACAAACAAAGGAUUCAAAGCCACUGCAAUGCCUGAAAGUGUUGACGAUGAGUGGCUGGAAUCCUCCCCCAGGUAACCGUAAGAUGCACGGUGAUCUGAUGUACCUGUAUGUAGUCACCACAGAAGAUCGACACGUCAGCAUCACUGCUUCCACUCGAGGCUUCUAUAUGAAUCAGUCCACAGCCUACAACUUCAACCCCAAGCCAGCAAACCCAAGCUUCCUCAGCCAUUCCCUGGUGGAGUUACUGAGCCAGAUCAGCCCUACUUUCAAGAGGAACUUUGCUGCGUUGCAAAAGAAGAGGGUUCAACGUCACCCAUUUGAGAGGAUAGCGACUCCUUUCCAGGUGUAUAACUGGACCGCACCCACAGUGGAACACGCCAUGGACUGUGUGCGAGCAGAAGAUGCCUACACUUCGCGGUUAGGAUACGAGGAGCACAUACCUGGACAGACCAGAGACUGGAAUGAAGAAUUGCAAACUACCAGGGAGCUACCACGUAAGAAUCUUCCUGAGAGAUUGCUAAGAGAACGCUCUAUUUUCAAGGUUCACAGUGAUUUUGCGGCAGCUGCCACGAGGGGAGCCAUGGCAGUAAUUGACGGCAACGUCAUGGCCAUCAACCCAGGCGAGGAGACCAAGAUGCAGAUGUUCAUCUGGAACAAUAUCUUCUUCAGCUUGGGCUUCGAUGUCCGCGACCACUACAAGGACUUCGGUGGAGACCACGCUGCCUACGUGGCUCCCACCAAUGAUCUAAACGGAGUUCGGGCCUAUAACGCAGUCGAUGUUGAAGGACUUUAUACGUUGGGAACGGUGGUGGUGGACUACAGAGGCUAUAGAGUGACUGCGCAGUCCAUCAUCCCUGGUAUUUUGGAACGAGAACAGGAACAAAGCGUCAUUUACGGGUCCAUCGACUUUGGUAAAACAGUUGUGUCCCACCCCAAAUACCUCGAAUUUUUGGAGAAAACGGCCAGGCCACUCAAAAUCCAGAAGCAUAAAGUAUUGAAUGAUAAGAAUGAGGAGGUGGAGCUGUGCUCCUCUGUCGAGUGUAAAGGAAUUAUCGGUAAUGACAGUCGCUAUUACAUUUUGGACUUGCUGCGCACUUUCCCACCAGACCUGAACUUCCUCCCCGUGGAAGGGGAAGAACUCCCGGAGGAGUGCAAAAAGAUGGGAUUUCCCAAGGAGCACAGGCACCGGCUGUGCUGUCUGAGACAGGAACUCAUUGAAGCCUUUGUUGAGCACAGAUACCUUGUCUUCAUGAAGCUAGCCGCCCUACAGCUCAUGCAACAGAAAGCCAGCAAGCAGGAGAACGCUUGCCCGGCCGUCACAGAAAACGGUAUGUCCUGUAUUGAAGUGGCCGGGGAAAGCAGCAAAACUGAGUCGGAAGAUGGUAAGACUGAGGAAAACAUUUCAGGAUUAGACCAAGCUAGAGAUCUCGCGAAGGCCCUUACGUCAGAAGAUGGAACAGUUGACCCCAAAAGUAAGGAUGUUAUCCUCAAUGCGUGCAAAGCAGUUGGCUCCAUCAGCAAUUCGUCUUUUGAUAUUCGCUUCAAUCCAGACAUAUUUUCACCAGGUGUUCGUUUCAAGGAUGCCAACUGCGAAGAGAUGCAAAAACAGAAGCAGCUGUUGAAAGAUGCUGCCGCAUUUCAGGUCUCCUGCCAGAUCCCAUCUUUGAUAAAAGACUGCCUUGAUCACACAGUACUUCCAAUGGAUGGGGCUACAUUGGCCGAAGCCAUGCACCAGCGGGGCAUCAACAUCCGUUACCUGGGCAAGAUAGUGGAAUUUGUUACAAAGAGUCCAGCCAAGCAACAAUUGGAUCACAUUUAUAAACUGGGAGUCAGUGAAGUGAUCACCAGAGCUGCUAAGCAUGUCUUCAAAACGUAUCUUCAGGGAGUGGAACUCUCGGGAUUGUCUGUUGCCAUCAGCCACUUCCUCAACUGCUUCCUCAGUUCCUUCCCCAAUCCCGUUGCCCACCUCCCCACCGACGAACUGGUUUCGAAGAAAAAGAGGAACAAGAGGAAGACUCGCAACCUGGGAAAUACCGACAACACCACCUGGGCCAGCACCACACCCCAGGAGCUGUGGAAGAGCAUCAGCAAUGAGGCCAAGGGCUACUUUGACUUCAGUGUAGACUGCGAGAGUGUGGAACAGGCUACAGACAAGUAUGGGCUACAAAAAAUCACCCUCUUGAGAGAGAUCUGUGUGAAAUCAGGUAUACAGAUAUUGUUGAAGGAGUACAACUUUGACAGUCGUCACAGACCAACCUUCACCGAGGAGGAUAUCCUAAACAUCUUUCCUGUUGUGAAACACGUCAAUCCCAAAGCAUCUGAUGCCUUCCACUUCUUCCAAAGCGGACAAGCUAAAGUCCAGCAAGGAUUCUUAAAAGAGGGCUGUGAGCUAAUCAAUGAGGCCUUAAACCUUUUCAAUAACGUUUAUGGAGCGAUGCAUGUCGAAAUCUGUGCCUGUCUGAGGCUCCUGGCCCGUCUGAAUUACAUCAUGGGGGAUUAUAUAGAGGCCCUGAGCAACCAGCAGAAGGCCGUGCUGAUGAGUGAAAGAGCACUAGGUGUUGAUCACCCUAACACGAUCCAGGAGUAUAUGCACCUUGCCCUGUACUGCUUUGCAAACGGUCAGCUGUCAACAGCCUUAAAAUUACUGUAUCGAGCUCGCUACCUCCUGCUGUUAGCUUUCGGAGAGGAUCAUCCAGAGAUGGCACUGUUGGAUAGUAACAUUGGGCUCGUAUUACAUGGAGUCAUGGAGUACGACCUUGCCUUGAGGUUCCUGGAGAUUGCUUUGGCGAUCAAUGCAAAAUAUCACGGAGCUAAAUCACUGAAGGUUGCCCUCAGCCAUCACCUGGUCGCUCGUGUCUAUGAAAGCAAAGCGGAGUUCCGAUCAGCCCUGCAGCACGAAAAAGACGGCUACACUAUCUACAAAAACCAGCUGGGUGAGAACCAUGAAAAGACCAAAGAAAGUUCGGAGUAUUUGAAGUACCUAACGCAGCAGGCUGUUGCCCUCCAACGCACCAUGAAUGAGAUAUACAAGAAUGGAUCCAAUGCCAGUAUUGUCCCACUCAAGUUCACGGCUCCCACCAUGGCUAGUGUGCUGGAGCAGCUCAACAUCAUCAAUGGAAUUCUCUUCAUUCCUCUCAGUCAGAAAGAUCUGGAGAAUCUGAAAGCUGAGGUUCAGCGUCGUCAGCAGUUGCAGGAAGCAGGAAAGAGUGGGGGAGCCGAGGAAACGACAGAGGAGAAUGUGUUGGAAACCGAGCCCGCAGAGAAAAUUCAACCCAUUGCCGAGUCAGUCACAGAACAGGCUUCAGGAUAAAGGCUUGUCAUCUCUGUCCCUUCCAGAACCUGCUUACACCUCAACUUGUGUUGCAGACUUUCUGGAAGGCUAGUUAUAUGCAUAUCCAUCCCCAUCCCACACACACACACACACCCACAUGCACACAACCACACUAUACAAAUCUAUAAGGUCAUACAGACACACACACCCCUCACACGCACACAAUGCACAUUUCUUUACACCCUCUCCAAACACACUACAUACAUACCACCUACUACAUACACCCCACACACACACACUAAUGCACACAAAAUGCACUGGCACAAAGUGUUACAUCCAGCAAAGAGGGAGCCAAUAUUCUGCUGAAAGUGGAUCUGAACAAUAUCAAAGCCUUAGCAGUGGCAUCAACUGCAAAUUGUUUAAAACAAAAAUCAGAAAUAUGUGAAAGGAGCCAUCCAUUCGUUGUAAAGUUAUACAGCAGCUUAGCUUGUACAGUCAAAAUGAUCAACCGCUUGUAAAGUAACUAAUAACAGUCUAAUGAAACUGUACAUAUAACAGAAAUUCCAAAUGAAUGAAUCUUGAAAUACUUAAAAGAAAAAAAACUCUCAGGUCAUUGUAUGUUGUAUAAGGGCAUCAACCCAGAACACAUUUAGACUUCAGUGAUAUUCAGAUCCAACCACCUUGUAUUAUUUUUGGUUCAAUUUUGAGACCCGGGUCUUACAUCUACUAAUCGCCCUGUGAACAACAUAUGGAGUGAAACUAGCCAUAGUCCAGGUCAUGAUUGGGGUGGGGAAGCUUGCACUCGAAAUCAAAAUCCCAUCUCUCCCUCUCAAACUUUCAAUGCUGAUUUCUAGUUCAAUCCCACUUUAUAUCAAAUUACUAUUUCCCCCCCCACCCCCAAAAAAACCUGCCAGAAAUAUGUAGAAUUUGCCUUUAUGGCAUUGAGGACUGUUGGGGGGCGAGGGAUUUGUGUGUCUGUUUCUGUCGCUGUUAAUCCACUUCCAAAAUCCUGGGAAUAUUCCCACUUGGGCUUGGAUCUGUCUUUAAUGCCAGAGGUGACUAGUUAAAACGAUGUAUGUUCUUCUUUUGUUGUUUGUUUCUUUGUUAGUGCUGUAACGCUGUUUCGGAGCUUUGAUUGAUGGUGGGAAAUCCAGUGCGUUUAAAAUCCUUAGCGUCGCAGAAGCCACUUGUAAUCAGAAGUCUUGGCUUCGCGCUAACUGCAAGCUCCAACUCGCCAACCCUUCCCGUGGUGGACCGUGACCAAGGGGAGACUUAACACCGUCUUUUUUUUUUACCCAUUUUAAAAAAAGAAGAAAAAAAACUGUAAAGCUGUAUGUAUGUCGUGGUACUGACAAGAUAAACUAGAUAAAUUUAUCAAAAAAGAUAUGAGUGCUCUAAGGUAUAUUCUCAAAUCGUAUAAUCAUAUAUCGUGUGAUGGUACUGAAGCCAUGACACUCUCUUCCUUCCAUUAAGGAUGUGUAGUAAAUGUUGGAGAGUAAAAAAAAUUGCUUUUUUUUUUCCCUCUUUUUAUCAAGUAUUCACAGUGAUUGUUGUUUAAUAAGUGGGUUUGUUGUUUCCAGAGCUGUAAGUCUGUCUGAUGAACACAAGGUCCUACUAUUUGCUGUACGGUCUCCUAUAAAUGUUACUACGUUAAUACCUUUGAGAUUUUUUUUUCCAUCAUACUUUUUUUUGUGUUAUCUGUAAGGUGUGGGGAGGUGCGGUGGGAGGAGGGAGGAGGAGGGAGGUGGCAACAAAAAAAAACAACAGAAAGCGGUGUCUUCAAUACAAAAUGCCUUGUUAAAUUAUUUGAAUUUUACAAGCAAGUGUUCAAUAAAAGCUGGUCGAGAACACAGUUCUUUUGUACCUUCGAGGACAUUUUUCCACAGUUGAUUCCAUUGCUGUCAGCAAUGAAGAUGGUUUUAAAAACAAAAUUAGGCCUCGACGCUCUCACCCACGCUAACGUAUUUUAAUUUUUUAAAAAGAGAAAAUAACUAAAGACUAUUUUUUAAACGGAUGCAUUGUGGUACUCGGUCGAUUUGUAGCAAAAGUUUUAAAAAAAAACUGACAGCCUAAAUUUGAAUGCUUUGUUAAUUUUUUUUUGAACUCUUUUUUUGGUUUAUUUGAAAGAAAUAAAGAAUAUAUGAUAAUGAAAAUCGAUGUAAAA